AUGCCUUCUGGUCUGCAGAAGACGACGCGCAGCAAGACGAAGCGAACGAAUGUUAAGAGCGGCAAGCCUGAGUCUUCGACGACAUCUUCCUCAACACGCUCGGCUUGUCAACACCAGUAUCUGGACUCGGGAGAGCAGACGGCCAUCGAGAGCUGGAACAACACCGUACCGCAGAAGGCAAUGAAGGCGAACGAGAUGCCGGAUGAGCGGGACCCGGUGAUACAGGCGUAUCUGGAGGCGAAGCUGUCGCUGUUCCAGAAGGCUGCGGUCAAUAAUGGCGCCUAUCGCAGAAGUCAGAGUGCGAGUACUGUUGGGUCUGGGAAGUCAUGA